CUCGUUUUUCACAUGUAGGCUGCCAUUUCCCAUACAUUCUCUGGUGACGCUUCUUCGCCAAAAAGCAUGAAAGCGUUUAGUUGUCAAUUGACUAGAUACUAAGCGAUCGCGAUAAAGAAAUUUGCGCUUUUCAAAAAUAAGCCUCUCCAAUUCGACGUCACGGAAUUUGUUAAAAUAACUGAUUUUAGACUUAUGACGGUACCAUCACAAUCAGUUCUAUAGAGAAAAUGGAUCGCGCAAAAUUUGGUUCAUUCGAAGUAAUUGCCUCAAUAUGCCUGAAAAUACUAAAGCUGUUUAACAACAUGGGCGUUUUAGUAUUGUACCGUACCGGCAAUGGUGGAGAUUUUUUGGGAAUCGGUGGCAACUGGAAUUUUCCGGAGAAGCAUAGUCCCGCUGUAGAAUUGUUUGCUUCUGGUGUUUUUGUCGGAUAUAUGAUAUAUAAUGCUGUUGUCAUUAUUGGCUAUUGUUUUGGGGACAACAAAAACCAGCGCAAUUUAACAGACAUACUCAUGAAUGCCGUCGGUAGCGUAAUGUGGGUGACAAUUGGUGGUUUGGCCAUACAUUACUGGCUGGGUUAUAUGUCCGAUGGUAGUUUCGCUUAUGUAAGUCCUGAACGUAGUGUUGGCUUAGCGAUGGGCGCUUUAAGCGUCGUACAAGGUGCUCUGUAUUUGGUAGAUACUAUGUUGGGCUGUCGGCUAUACUACAGAGGUCCCAUGGAGUAUGCUGUUGUAAGCCAUUUUACAGUGGAGUGAAAAGGAAGGGCAGAACGCCCGGUUUGUUAAAAGCAAACAUUUAAAAUGAGACGACAUAAAAUUAGACAACGCAUUGUAAAUUCCAAGAACAAAAAUGUAAUAUUAGUUUGUAGACAAAUUGUGUAAAGAUUGGAUAGUUGGAUUUUUUUUUGUAUCAUUCAUUUGACAAUAAAAGCCAUUCAAUAAUAAACAGAGAAA